AAACCUGGAAAUCAAUCACUUACUUGCUUCAAAUUUCGAACUUGUAAAACCCGCGAAAUAAAAUUCAUCUUUGUAAACCCUAGGUUUCACACAGAAAUCCCCAAUUUGAAAUCCUAAUGCUGCUGCUGCAGAGUACAACUAAUGGAGAGAGGAAUGAUAUCAGUGGACCGGUGGAGUGAAGGCAGUCAGGUCUACUUCUUAACUCAUCUUCACGCAGAUCACACCGUUGGUUUAUCCCCUCGUUGGAAUAAAGGCCCACUUUUCUGCUCUCGCAUCUCCGCCAGACUUUUUCACCACAAAUUCCCCGGUUUCGACACUUCCUUGAUUCGAUCUCUCGAAAUCGGCCAAUGGCACUCCUUAUCUCUGCUUUCCUUGUCCACUAAUUCCCAAACUACUGUUCAAGUUAUGGCAAUUGAAGCCAAUCAUUGCCCUGGUGCAGUUAUGUUUCUAUUUCGUGGUGCGUUUGGCGUAACGCUUUACACCGGGGAUUUCCGUUGGGAAGUAACAAGUGAAAUCGCACAAAUGGGAAAAACCAUGCUUCUUAAUGCUCUCAAGAAUGAUAAAAUCGACACCCUUUACAUUGACAACACUUACUGCAACCCAUCCUACUCUUUUCCUUCAAGGGAAGUUGCUGCUCAACAGGUAGUCAAUAUCAUCGAUUCCUAUCCCGAACAUGACAUCAUCAUCGGCAUAGACACGUUGGGAAAAGAGGAUUUAUUACUUUACAUCUCAAAAAUGCUGAAAGUAAAGAUUUGGGUAUGGCCAGAGCGCUUACAAACGAUGCAUCUUCUCGGGCUACACGACAAUUUCACAACCAAAACCACUUUGACAAGAGUGCGCGCUGUUCCUCGUUACAGUUUUUCUGUUGAAACACUAGAAGCAUUAAACACUAUGCGUCCGACAAUUGGGAUUAUGCCAUCUGGACUUCCAUGGAAGCUAAAGAAAGUUGGAUCCAAGGAUAAAUCUUGUGGUCUUUCUUCAUUGAAUAAAGAGACAGACAAUGAUCUUCAUAUGAACAUGCGAAAUAGAUACACAAAUAACAUAGAAAAACAUCAUCAGUAUAUCUACACGGUUCCAUAUUCUGAUCACUCCUGUUUUUCAGAGAUAGUUGAGUUUGUUAAGUUUCUGUGCCCCAACAACAUCAAAGGUAUCGUGUCGUCAUCAUUGUCGUAUGUUGAUCCAUGUUACCAUCUUCACAACAUUUAUGGAACGUCGAGUUUAUGUCGAAAGCAUGUGACCAAGGAAGAAAGGGCAGGCGUUGAAGGUGAAUGUAAGGCUACCCUUGCUUGUGAUGGUUCCGAUGAUGUGAAAUUAAAGAGGAAAAGGAUUAAACAGUAUAGAUUGUGUGUUCAUAAAACUAGGGUUAGUUUGUUAAGAAGGUUUAACCGUGGUGCGAAGAUAACCAGUGAAGAUUGUUCUGAUGAUUAAUUGUUAAUCAAACUGUUUAUGCUAACUUGCUAAGUGAUUGUAUAUCACUAAAUCUGUAUUGAAUAUGUGAAAUAUGGAAAGAGCAUAUAGAAAUAUAGAGAGUUAAUUCUCAUUUUAGUC